AUGAACAAAGCACCAAUGGUGCACAGGGCUCCACUGCCCGUCCAAUCCUCAGAAAGUGACCAUACACUGAUGACAUCACGCCAACCAUACAUGACCGAGCCAAUCGCCUCGAAGCACGUGUGCUUCUUCAAAAGUGGCGAUGCCCAGUUCAAUGGCUUACCAGUGGUUAUCAACAGCCGCACCUUCAAGACCUUUGAGGCGCUGUUGGACAGCCUGUCCAAGCGUAUCCCACUGCCCUUCGGGGUUCGCAUCAUCACCACGCCACGGGGCCGCACGGCCAUUCACUCCCUCGACCAGCUGCAUCACGGCCAGUCCUACAUCUGCUCUGACAAGCGUACCGUCAAGCCCAUUGACCUGGAGCGGGCACGCCACAAACCGCUUCCAUGGUACCAUGCCCGGCCCUUCAGCAGAAGGAACCUGGCCUGGCAGAGCCAGAGCCGACACCAGGCCCAGAGGCCAGCCCCACGUGGCACACGCGGGGCCAAGUGGCGCCAGCAUGCCCCCCUGCUGCAGGCACCCAGGCGGCUGGUGGUUUUCCGCAAUGGAAAUCCUGAAGUCAAGCAUACGCUGUUACUGCAAAAGAGGACCACCCACUCCUUUGAGGCACUUCUAGAUCACAUAUCUGAAGUCAUGUGCUUCCCUGUCCUGAAGCUAUACACUCCUGAUGGAAGAAGGUUGGAUGGUCUUUCUGCUCUGAUCAUGUGUUCGGGGGUAGUGGUGGCUUCUGGUCGUGAGCCUUUCAGCAAAGGAGACUAUGAUGCCCAAAAACCCUCAGCUCCAACUUGGCUACCAGCCAAACAUGUAGGAACGCAUCCUAUGUUGUGGAAAAACAAAUUCAUGACUAGAAGUACCAAAGCUCCUAUUUCACUAUCCUCAGAGCACUACAUUAUGAGUCAGACACACAAGAGUUUUGCAGGAAGUUGUGACUGUCCAAGUAGCCCUCCUGCUUCUGUGGAAAGGAAGAUGGAUCAUCCUACGGAAUCCGUGGCAGAGACAGACACAGUUGCCUGUCUGGAAUGUGAUGGUGAGGAAAAUAUCCAGGUGCCCACUGAUGAAGACAUUGAGAAGUCCUUUCGGGUCAACCAGGAUGGAAGCAUGACUGUAGAGAUGAAGGUGCACCUGACUAUUAAGGAGGAGGAGACAAUCCAGUGGACAACCACGCUUAGUCGCUCCAGCAUUACCAGCCAAAUGCAAUGCAUCUCAGAAUCUCCUGAUCUUGGCGUUCCAGUUGAUGUCGACACUGUGCCCUCAGAUAUAAUCCAGACCUUCCCCAGUGACCAGAGUGAUGUCUCUAAUAAGGACAGCAGUAUAAGGCAUGAAGUACUGGAGGUAGGUAGAAUAGGUACUUCUACCUUAGGGUGGUACCAACUUCAGCAGAAACAAUUAUCCGUUGGGACUCCAAUGAAACAUACUGAAACUGAGAGCAAGGAAAUCGCUCUUGGAUCUUAUGGAUACAGGGAAGAGGCAAAGAAUGGUGAGAAGAAAGAGGAAUGCUGUGUGUUAGAGCAGUGUAUCAGUCACCCUGUACCCAAACCCUGCACUGGCCUUACCAAUGAACUGAACACAUUCACCUCACAGCAAAAGUCCAGUUUCUACAAUCCAGCUGAGAUCCUACAGGAUGGUGGGGAGAUAUUCCAUGAGACCACGGUUCAUGUCUAUGAGCAGCAGGUCUGCCAGGAGAAUUUCUUUGCAAAUAAGCACCUAUGUGUCCAGGAUAUGUGCACCUGUGGGUCAGCCAUGGAUCAUGCAGAAACAUCUGAUACUAUAUUUCCUGAAAUGUCUAACAAAACAAUUUCCUUUUGCAAUGAUAAAUUGGAGUCUGAGCUUUGGACUAGCACCACUUAUGAAACACUCCACAGACAGGAAAACCUCCAUACAACAUAUAACAAAAACAUCCCUCAAGAAAUCAUAAACACUGAAUCAAGAACGUGUUCUCCUAUAACAGAAUUUGUUAAGCCUUCAGCCUCUAGAAAUCCCUCAACAGCUGAUACUAACAAGAGGAGAAAGCCAGUAAGAGUACUUGUGAAAAAGAAUCAUAUGUUUCAGACUUCCGCUUCUGAACGAAAACGAAAGAAUAAUGAAACUGAUAUUCUCAAAGAAAUAAGGAAAAUUAGAGCGGAUAUUUCCAGACAUGCAGAAACUAUAAGACUACCUGAGUAUUGUAGAGCAAAAGCUGCCAAAAAGCUGAUAAAAAUGAGAAACUAUUACGUUAAUGGUUAUGAAAAUAUUCCUUCUGUGUUACCCAACACUGUUCAGCUGAAUGCACAAAGUCCAAAUGAAUUACCAGCUGAGGAAGAGCUAUGUACCAAUGAAAAGAAUCCUGUCCAAGCAAACCUGUCCAGCGGGAAACUGAAUAAAGGUUCAGCUUCACCAAAGAAAGACCUGCUUCAUGAGGAACAUGAUUUGUACCAGGAGACACAGGAGCUUAGCGAAUGCAUCUGCCUUCCUGCUUUGCAUUCCUCACCCUCAGUAUUUAAUGAAUAUGUAGAACUCUGGUUGCAGAAAAAUGAACCACAUCCUGGACAGGAACAAUUGCCACUUACCAAGACAAAGCCCUCUCCAAAGGUGUUGUUUAUAACCACUGAGACUGUGGGUGCUGGAGAAGCAGCAAAGGAGGAUUUAUCAUGUUGUGUUUUAAUGGAUAAUACUUUAUCUUCCAGAAGUCUGUUCAGUAAAAAUAAGUCUUCUGAACAGAAUGUAUUACUGAAUGAUAAUUCCUCUGAGAAAAAUGGCAUCCAAACAGCACUGCCAGAAAAUGUUUGUACAGAAAAGGUAUCUUUUACUAGUAAUGCUACCUCAGAAAAUAAUUCAGCAUCAAGAGAAUCAUUAGAGCUAUCAGAAUUAUCAAAAACUCAAGGAACUGAUAAGUCCUUGGAAAAAACGUCAACAGGUAAUGGCCACAUUAAACUGUUACCUUUCCCUAGAGAUUCCUCUGCAGAAAAUAUUCCUCUUAGCCAUCCAUUUAUAGAUUUAAUACCACAAAACAAUACUUUGUUGAAGGCAUCACGAUUCAGUCAUCAAACUGAGGGCAAAAAAAUAUUUAAUAGAAAGAAAACUUCUGCCAAGAAGUCAGAUGUUCUACAUUCUACUUCGAACAAGGGACUUGCAUGCAGAAGAACAUUGUUGGACAAAUCACAAGUAAGUAGUGACUUAAAUGGAAAAUCAAAUGGAAAUCAGCAAAGUUUCAGUUCACAGGGGGUUACUGGCACAUGUGAAAUUAAUAAAUGUCCAUCAUUAAGGACGUUAUCAGAUGCAGAAAUGAUAGAAAAACCAGUCCAAAUGGCAGUAAAGCGAGAUAUGAAGCAUGUUCUUGAGGAGCUUUGCCAUUACAUUCAGACACUCUGUGAAGUGACGCAGCAAAAAUGGCUGAUGCUACAUUCUGCAAAGCAUUCAGACUGCUUGCCAGACUUCUCCUCACACAUGGGCAAUACAUUUGGCUCUUCAUCACAAACACUUAAGCUGACGGCAGCCAUAGAAGAUGCAGAGCAGCUGACAGGCAGUCUGAAUGCUUUGCAGAAUGUAGCAUGUGUUCAGCUGCUAGAUAGUUGGAUAAGUUUUUGGGAGCUGAACUACAGGUCCCAGAGUCACAGUGUCAUAACAGACUCCUUGAGGAGCGGCUCUCACAGUGGGUUUGGCUUUGAGGAGGAGGUAAUUCAGGGACUCAUGGAAGAACUAGGUAUUCCUGACAGGGUCAGACAGGAGCUAGCAAAUUUCUGCACUCAAGAAUUGAAGAGCAAAAGAGGUAAUCAGGUGGAAGUAUCAGAAGAGGUAAAUGAGUCUUUCUCAGAGAUAAAGUUAAAUAGGGUUCUAGCACAACUCUUAGGUGAUGAAACAAUUAGGUUCCCGCACUCUGUAUUUGAAGAGGAGGUAAACACAUACGUAAAAUCGGUCAUUGAAAAAGCUAUUAAAACACACCUUGAAGAGAGUGGCAGUUUGGCGUUGUCUAUGGCACAAUUACUGGCUUGCACUCAAAAAGAAAUAAAAAUGUUAACCAAGGAACAGGAAAGAAACAUCUGCUACAUAGAGACAACAGAGCAGGGCGACUGUGUACGUGCUUCUGACAUCUGCAAGGACAUGCCCUCCCAUAAGCACAUGUUAGAAGUAAAAAGAGAAACGGUGGAUGCAACUCACAAGGGAGAUCAGGGACUAGAUGAGAAAGAAUAUGUUCUAGAGAAGAAUACUGAAUAUCCUAAUACAAUAGAUUAUAUUGAAAAGAAGGAGACUGUGGAAAAGGUGAUGGAUGCAAUAAAAAAGGAUAAUGAUAGGAUUACUGGAAAAGAGUCAACUAGUAGCAGUGAAGUUAAAUUGACUGCUUCUGAAGAAGACAAAUUCAGUUUGGGGGAACACAUCUUAGGAAACAGGUUUGAUGAAGAAGUCAUUAGCUUUUCUGAAGUUCAAGUCAACAAAGAAGAAAAACGUCAAUUAAAUGCAGCAACAGUAACUGAUAUGGACCAGAAAGAUCCCAUGCAGAAACCUUUAGGUAAGUUGCAAAAUGAAGAUCACAAAAAUGAAUCACAAAGUGAAACAUACUGUGUGAAGCACAGUGGACCAUCUGGAAUGCUAGCUACCCUCUUUGCUACUCAUGUGAAUUCAGACAUGGAGGACAAGAUUAAACAUGAGGCAGAGCAGGAACAAGUUAUCUAUAAAAGUAAAAUUGUUUAUUCUGAGGAGAAGCAAGUGGUUUCGGAGGCUCCAGAAUGCUUUCUAAUUCAUCAAGAACAUUUUGUCGAGCAAUCAGAAUAUGAUCCAGAUGAAGCUGUGGAAGGGUGUGAAGAAAAUAUUGGACAUUUUACUGGAAAAAAGAAAAAUUCAAAUUCAGUGGCAGAGCUAAUCAGUAACCUUGAGUUGGCUGCACAAAGAGUUAGCUAUAUACCUGUAAAGACAUUUUUGGCACAUACUGAGAUACCAGAAGUUUCAAAGACUCAUGACUUAACUAAUGUUUAUCAUCUAUUCAAUGAAACAGACAAAAUAGAGGGGUUUAAAAGUGCUUCGUCUAAGGCCCAAACACAUGGCAGAAAGUAUAGUGAAAAGCAUGGUAAUCGAAUCUCACCAAAUCAUUCCCUAAACGUGGUCAGAACAACUAAGCAUUCACACUUGGACAUAACAUCAGAACUCCCCUCCUCUUCAUUAGCUUUCAGCUAUGAUUCUCCAAGCAACUCUUUGGCACAAGAGCCAGAAAGAAGCAGUCAUGUUAACCGAGUAAAGUCAAUCAGAGAGAUGUUCCUUACUAAGAGCAACAGUAGAAAACAGAAUGUGAAAAGAUUUUCACCCAGUUCAAAUUCUGACCUGUCUGACUGCAAUCCUGAAUCCACUGACAGUGGGGGAAACCACUCCCAGACAUCACCAGAGGCAUACAGUAGUGAGGAUGACAAUAGCCGUUUAGCCAUUGCCAAAGGUUUUGUUAGAAAAACCAUUGAGCGUCUCUAUGGAAGAAGUAAUUCAGAUGGUACAACAGAUGUUAAGAGACCAUUAUCUGCAUCCAAGGGGAAGUACACAUGUCCUGGAAGGACCCAUGUAAAUAGUUUGACCUCCUUCCAUGAAGCUUGCACACGGGGAGUGACUGACUUAUCAUACUUCAAUGCCACAAGCUCCUUUGAUGCCUUCAAUGAACAAACUCACUGUGUGCGUCCAUAUUCCCAGGUGAAACCUGGAGAUGCCAUUCUUACUGACAAAGGUCACUGGUUGCCUUUUGAGAACCACUCAAUUCAUGAAACUUCCCCAGAGCUCCAGGAAACUCCCCCCCAAAAAAUGAAGCUCACAACCAUAUCAAUUAAGCCUGAUCAAGACACUGUAAAGGAAAAUGUUCCAUAUUCAUUAUUUUGCCCAGCUUCUCCUCAUAGGUCCCUCCCUUCCACUGAACUUGAAGAACUGUCUGGGUCAUCAGGAUCAAAGUUCACCUAUUUCAACUUUCCACAUUCAAAUGACUCUGAACUGGACCUGGAAGAAAGAAAAUCUGAUAAUUCUGAAAAAACAGAGAUUAAAGUGACUCCUGUGACACAAUCACUUAAAUCCUGGGAGACCUUAAACAGCUUUCUUCCUGCCUUCAGGCCACCAGUUGUCAAGAAAGCAGAUAACAAGGUGCACCCAUUGACAGAAGCUGUAACACCUCCUGUAGUCAUCCAGCCAGUUAGGGGACAGAGUGCACAUACAGAAAUCACAAGGCAUUCCACAGAAUCUGAUCUCCUGGAGAUACUUUUCAUAUUUUGUGGACGACACUGUCCUGUACUCUAA